AAACAUUGGUCUUUCAUUGAUUAUCGUCAUUUCGUUUUUUAAGGAUCUUUGUGUUGUGGGGCUUAAACUCGAUUCGACAGCGAAAACUAGAGAUCGGAAGCAGUUAGUUAUGCCAGGAGGAGGAGGAGGUGCGCUCAAGUCCUUGAAACCAAAGAUCCAAUCCGUGGAUAUCCAAGCCGCCGCGGGAUGGGGUAUCGCCGCCGCAGCCGGCGCCAUCUGGGUCGUCCAACCUUUUGAUUGGAUAAAGAAGACAUUCAUUGAUAAACCAGCGGAAGAGAACUGAGUGAGAGAGAUCAUCAAAGACUCACUGACAAAGCGAGAUUUUUUUUUUCAGUUUCUAAGUUUGUCAUCGCAUCUCUGCGAUGAAGUUGAAUAAAGUUUUGUGAUUCUCUGGGGCUUUGUGAUUUCAUGUAGACUUUUUGUUUAUCAAAUGAUAUAACACAAGGAAAAAAGCAUACACUUUAAAAUUAUCAGAAAAGAUGACCCAUUUUUAAUUUUA